ACAACUUGUGGGAAGGAUUUGAGUCACCGCUCCUGCGAGAGCUUCCUUUAAAAAUGGUAUCCAGAUUAGAGCUGCAAUGAUGUGGAUCAGAGUCACAGCAGCGAUGAACAUGUCUGAGUCCUACCAGGAGGAGGAACUACUGGGUAACUCCACCUGGGCCUACUAUCAUCAGAACUACACCCUGGCCCCUCCACUGCUACCGGACAAGACCAGCACCUCCAAACCUGCAGCAUGUGAACAGGUCCACAUCGCUGUGGAGGUCUUUCUGAUACUGGGUAUCAUCUCUUUGCUGGAGAACAUCCUGGUUAUCACAGCCAUAGUAAAGAACAAGAACCUUCACUCUCCCAUGUAUUUUUUUGUGUGCAGCCUGGCAGUCGCAGACAUGCUGGUGAGUGUGUCUAACGCCUGGGAGACCAUCAUCAUUUACCUCCUCAACAACAGACAGCUGGUGGUGGAGGACCACUUCAUCCGGCAGAUGGACAACGUGUUUGACUCCAUGAUCUGCAUCUCUGUCGUUGCGUCCAUGUGUAGUCUGCUGGCCAUCGCUGUGGACAGGUAUGUCACUAUCUUCUACGCACUGAGGUACCACAACAUCAUGACAGUGAGGAGAGCCGGCUGCAUCAUUGGGGGAAUUUGGACCUUCUGCACCGGCUGCGGGAUUGUCUUCAUCAUCUACUCAGACACCACCCCUGUCAUUAUCUGCCUGGUUUCCAUGUUCUUCGCCAUGCUACUCAUCAUGGCCUCCCUCUACAGCCAUAUGUUCAUGCUGGCCCGCUCACACGUCAAGCGCAUCGCUGCCCUGCCCGGCUACAACUCCAUCCACCAGCGGGCCAGCAUGAAGGGGGCCAUCACGCUGACCAUCCUCUUGGGGAUCUUCAUCGUCUGCUGGGCUCCUUUUUUCCUCCACCUCAUCCUGAUGAUCUCCUGCCCUCGAAACCUCUACUGCGUUUGCUUUAUGUCCCACUUCAACAUGUACCUCAUCCUCAUCAUGUGCAACUCAGUGAUCGACCCACUCAUCUAUGCCUUCAGGAGUCAGGAGAUGAGGAAGACUUUUAAGGAGAUCAUCUGUUGUUACAGUCUGAGGAACGCCUGCACCAACAUCUGUGCUCUGACCGAUAAGUACUGA